AUGUCAGCUUUUGCAAGCUCUGCAUUCAACGUACCCAAUGGUAUGGCAAAUAACAAUAGGAAGCAACAAUUCAAUAGCAGUAACAUCAACAACAACAACAUCAACGAGAACACUUACAGUAACCCCCGAAGGAGUGGAACAAGAAAGACGUUUAAUAAACCCAAUGGAUUGGCUACUAGCAAUUCCAAUGGAAAACCAGAACAACGAUCCAAAAAUGUACUGAAACGAUUCAAUACCAAUAAUGACGACUCAUCUGCAUCUUCAUUUGUUGACCCAUUAGAUAGGCCGACAAAGGUAAUACCAAGGAAAAAUCCAGGAAAACUACAGUCUUAUACUCAAGAACAAAUUGAUUUAAUUGGGCCAUUAUUCCCUCUGCCUGAACAAUUUGGAUUUCAAAACACUGGCAAAGUAAUAAAACCAAGACCAAUACCUAAAUAUUUACUCCCCCAAGCAAGACUAUUAUAUACUCCACCAUUUCAACAAAAUCAAUGGGAUAAAGAAAAUCAAGAAAAAAUGGCACAAAUGGAAGCAGCCAAUGCUGGAAGAGAUUAUCAAGGAUUAUAUGAACAAUUCCAAAAACUUCGAGAUAUAGAAAGAAAGAAAAUGGAAGAAUUAGGAUUAGUGGAUGCAGAAAAUAUCGCCAAGGAUUUAAAUGAUGCCAUUACGUUUCAAGGAUCUUGUUUAGAUAUGUGUCCGGUAUUUGAACGAGUGAGGAGACAAUUGGAAAAUAAUGUUAAAGCACUUGAAAAAGACCCAGUUACAAAUAAGAUAUCCAAAGAACGAGCGAUAAAAGCGUUUUCUAGACCUGCUGCUGGACAGCCUCCUCCAUUACCUUCAGAAGUUAGACCACCUCAUAUAUUAAAGUAUACAUUAGAUUUUUUAGUCGAGAAUAUUCUUGGACAAUUACCGGAAGCUCAUUCAUUUAUAUGGGAUAGAACUAGAUCAAUUAGACAAGAUUUUACCUAUCAGAAUAGUUUUGGACCUGAAGCGAUAGAUUGUAAUGAAAGAAUUGUUAGAAUUCACUUACUUUCCUUACAUAUUAUGGCGGGGAGUGAAAUUGAAUAUUCACAACAACAAGAAUUAGAACAAUUUAAUAAAGCCCUUCAAACGUUAAUGGAAAUUUAUCAAGAUGUUAGAAAUAAUGGUGGGAAAUGUCCUAAUGAAGCAGAAUUUAGAGCAUAUCAUUUAUUAAGUCAUUUACGAGAUCCUGAAUUAGAACGAGAAAUUCAAAAUUUACCAAAUGUAAUCUUUCAAGAUCCAAAAGUUCAAUUGGCAUUAAAAUUACGUAGUAUAAUAUCUCAAAAUAAUAUUGUGGAAAGAGGAUUUAUCAAUACUGUGGGGGCACUUAAUUUAUUUGUCGAAUUUUUCAGAAUUGUAUAUAGUGAAGAAACUCCAUUUUUGAUGGCAUGUUUGUUAGAAACUCAUUUUAAUGAAAUUAGAUUCUAUGCUUUGAAAUCAAUGGCUAGAAGUUAUCAUACUAAGGGAAGACCAUAUGCUGCUGAAAGUUUAGCUGAAAUUCUCGGAUUUGAUUCAAUUGAAAAAUUAAUUAAAUUUGUAAAAUAUUAUGAAAUUGAUAUUAUUAAUGAACAUGGGGUAUUAUAUGUGGAUUUAUUUAAUAAAGAAAAAUUGGAAUCGGUUUAUAAAUUGAAUUCAUAUAAUGAAAAACCUAAAUUAUCCCCACCAUAUUCCACACAAUUGGAUGUUAAAAUACAGGGACAAACAUUGAAAUCAUUUGUUAAUAGUGGUCUUCCUAAUAUAUCUUUGAAUUUGAGAGAUCAACCUAAAAUUAUCACUCAAGAAAUGAUUGAAAAGACUAUUAAGCAACCCAUUAGAGCUUUUGUUCAGCCAACCAAACCACCAACAGCAACUGGGAUUUUCAAUCAACAACAGAAUAUUAAACCACAACCAGUAUUUCUGUCAUUGACUUCGGCGGGACAGGGAAUUAAGCCGAAUACAAUCUCAUUUGGGACAUCUAUGCCGACGAGUAAACCUUCACUCCAACCUACACAAAUCAAAUUUGGAACGAAACCAGUUGAAACGCCUACAUUUGGGUUUCAACCCCCAGCAGCUACUACAAUUGCUAACAAUAUUCCUCAACAAACUAACAAAGCCAUGUUUGCGACUCCACCCACGACCACUUCUGCAACAUUUCCAACGGGCGGAAGUUCUUUUGGCAAACCUGCUCAGAUCAGUUCAGUUCCAAAAUUCGGUUCUCAACAAGCAAAUAUACCAAAAAUUGAUUUUUCAUUCAGUAAACCACCAGAAGCAGUGGCAGCUCCACCAAAGCCAACCUUAGAGAUAAAGCUGACAAUUCCUUCAUUUGCACCUCCUCCUGUUGGCAUCAAACCAUCUGAGGUCGCAAAGCCAAUCAUCCCAUCAUUUGCUCCACCACCACAACCCACGAAAUUGGUAUUUAAACCUAAGGAGAAUGUCACGGUAGUGCCUACAAUUAAAGUACAAGCUCCGACUCCGGUACCCAAAUACCUUUCAGAUUCUCCAUAUUUCAAUCAAGCUAUUAAAGAAACAUUUUCGGAGAUUUUACAAGAUACGAUCAAUACGGAAUUACGAAUCGUACUUUCGAAAACGAUUCGGAAUCAUUCGAUCCAAACUGAAAGACUGAGGAUUAUUCAAGCGUUAUCUGGAGAAUUAUAUGAUGCAUUCUUAUCAGAAGUGAUUUAUGAAACUACGAUGACUGCAAAAGCGGUGGCAUUUGAUGAAUUAAGAUUGAAGAAAAAAGUUAUUGGCCAAUUGAAGAAUUGUGCUUCGAAAUUGAUUAAGAAACGAAAACAGAAGAAACAAACUUUGGAUGAAUUGAGUUCGGUUUCAUUUUCGAAUAAAUUGAAGAGACGUCAUUCAAUUAAUAAUAAUAGUAGUAAUGAAUCGAAUAUUAGUAAUAUAUCGAUUCUGAAACGAAGACAUGUGGAUGCGGAGACUUCAUUUAUGGCAAUUGAAGAAAGACAACAACAAAUCCAACAAUUAUGGGCUCCGAUUGAUCUUAAGCACUUCUUAUCUAUUUGUGCAACUCAUGAUUUGAAGAAGAACAAUGAUGAUGAGGUAAUAGAUUUGAAGUUUUUAUUGGUGGUUGAGAAUUGGAAUAGUGUAUAUUCAAAAUGGUUAAAUUCUAAAUUACAAUUAAAACCAAAUUUAAAAGAAAUGAUUUAUGAAAAUCAUAUUAAUAAUAUGAAAAUAAAUCUUAAUUUAACAAGUUUACCAAGCAAGGAUUAUUUAAAUAAGGAUUUCUUUUCUGAUGCUGCAUUUGUUUUAUUUGAAUGUGGAUUAACAAUGAUGAAGGAAGAGAAUGGGGGUGGUGAAGGAUCACAAUCAAUUGAGAAGAAAUUGACAAGAGAUAAGGGUAUACUCAAGAAAAUCGUCUCAUUAGCUGAUAAAUAUGGAUAUUAUAAGGUUCAUGUAUUGAUUUUAUUUUGGGAUAUAAGUGAAUCAGGAAUUUCAAGUGAACAAGUUUCAGAACUUUUAGAUUUAAAAAGUUAUAUUACAUGUACUAAUUUGAAAAAUUUGAUAUUAUGUGAUAUGACACUUAAAGAUGGGAAUACUGGUUCAGUUAUUUCAAGAGCAUUUGACAAGAUUUCUCGUGAUUUUGAUGGAGAAUUGACACCAAGGGGGUUGAAGAAGAUGGCCAAAUCAUCGCAACUCAUAACUACUAAAGCAACAGAGGAAUCAACCCCUGUUGAGAGUGGUACCGAAAACACUACAGUUCUAGAGCAGUAUGAAUCAAAAUUACUUUCAAAAGCAAAGAAGUUGAGGAAAUAUGAGUAUUUGAAUAAGCAUAUGAAUGCUGUUAGUCAACCAAGGAGACAACAUAAUCCACAUCAUCAAGCAAAUACUUCGUUUAACAAUAAUAAUACCAGUGCUAUUAUAAGUGCCCAUAAUAAAUCACUUUUACCAUAUUUAGCUACGAGGAAUAGAACCAUGAAUCAUACCAACAAUUCAACAUUUCUUAAUUUCAAUAAUACUACUACAACCAUGAAUAAUAAUACGAUUGGGAAUGAAACUUCAAUAUUGCGUGGGUUUGGUCAAGGUAUGAUAGCAGAGAGUACCCCAUCUGGAUCUCCCACGAAUAGAUCUAGAGUUGUUGAUAGAGUUGGUAAACCUUCAUUAACUACAAGUUUAAGUCAAUUAAGAGAAUUAACUGCUGGUGUUAAGAAAAAGUAUCCAAAUAAGAAGUAA